GGGAAUGACGCAGGCGGCGGGCGGGCAGGCGGGAGGGAGGAGCCCGUGAUGGCCGGUGCUGGUGCCGUCGCGCUGUCCCUCGCUACAUUGCCGGCCGUCGCUGCCCCUGCUCCGCUGCCAGCUCCCGGCCGCCGUGCCGCCGCCAUGGCCGAGGAGGAGACUUCCAGCGAAGGGUUAGGAUGGUUAUUCAGCUGGCUUCCUGCCUGGUGUCCCACAUCACUGCUACACCUUAAAGAAGCUGAGGACAAAAUGCUAAAAUGUAUUGCAAGUGUAUACAAUAAACGAUACGUGUAUAUAUCUAAUGGAAAUAAACUAUGGACACUGACAUUCUCUCCCGACCUUUCACAUAAAACACCACUUGUUCUCCUGCAUGGAUUUGGAGGAGGUGUUGGACUGUGGGCUCUCAAUUUUGAAGAUCUCUGUGAGAACAGGACCGUUCAUGCUUUCGACCUCUUGGGGUUUGGACGGAGCAGUAGACCACACUUUGACACUGAUGCUCGGGAAGCAGAAAAUCAGUUUGUGGAAUCCAUAGAAGAAUGGAGAAAGGAGGUGGGAUUAGAAAAAAUGAUUUUACUUGGACACAACCUCGGUGGAUUCCUGGCUGCUGCUUACUCAUUGAAGUACCCAUUGAGGGUCAAACAUCUUAUCUUAGUGGAGCCAUGGGGUUUUCCAGAGAGGCCUGACAAUGCGGAACACGAAAGACCGAUUCCCAUCUGGAUCAAAGCACUAGGAGCUAUAUUGAGUCCAUUUAAUCCAUUGGCUGGGCUAAGGAUAGCAGGACCCUUUGGAUUAAGCCUUGUUCAGCGUUUAAGACCAGAUUUCAAGCGAAAAUAUUCAUCCAUGUUUGAUGAUAACACUGUGGCUGAAUAUAUCUAUCACUGCAAUGUACAGUCACCCAGUGGUGAAACAGCAUUCAAGAACAUGACUAUUCCUUAUGGAUGGGCAAAAAGGCCGAUGCUGCAACGAAUUCCACAAAUGGAUCAAGACAUUCCUAUCACAGUGGUCUAUGGAGCACGUUCAUGUAUAGAUGGCAAUUCUGGCAGCACUAUCCAGUCUCUGAGACCAAAUUCCUAUGUGAAGACAAUAGCUAUCCUUGGUGCAGGUCAUUAUGUAUAUGCUGAUCAACCUGAAGACUUCAACCAGAAAGUGAAAGAAAUCUGUGAUUCUGUGGACUGACUGUCUUCUGUGCUUUAGAAAGUCAGGCUGUAGGUAGGGUUUAAUAGCAAUACUCUCAAGGAAAUCACUAAAGAAUGUGGAGCUAAUGGAACAGGCUCUGUUUGCACACUGUUUCUUCUAAAAAGCCAUUUGCACAUUUAAACCACUUAGUGCCUUUGGGGGGUUGAAUAGGGAGAUUUGAAGCAAACUUUGUACAACUUUUUUUGAGAUUGAUCUUUAGAUUAUUGGCUUGUCAUACAUGAAAUUACAUACAACUUUUUAAACUGGAAUUUUCUUUCAAGUGUAAUUGAAUUUUGCACAUGUCGAACUACUAGAGAUGCUGAUUCUCCACUAACACAGAGAACUAUUGAUAUAGAUUCAAUGUAUAAAAUGCAAUUUGGUUUCUUUAUAAACAUUCAUAUUUCUUAGUUGAUGUUUCAUAGUAAGAAUAUGAAAUUGCUUGUGCAUUUUAUAGUUGGAAUGCAGAACUCCAUAUACAAUAUUGUAAGAGGGUGUUUUUAGUUUGUGGGAGGUUUUUUUAUUGGAGUGAUACCAGCUUAUGAAGCUGAUUUCGGGAGAAAGAGAGGGCCAAAAUAAUGAGCAGUGUCUGUCACUGAAAUAUGUGUGUUGGUUUGUAAGGAAUUGGGGCUCAAUAUUAGGAAAUCUUUCUUCUGUUUUUCCAUCUGUGCAACUUUUACGGAAGGCUCGUUUGUAAGAGCUGAUGAUGUCACCAGCACUCAUCCUUCCUUAGAUAUUUUGAGAUGUAGAUUUCAGUGAUUUAAAAUACAGAUGAUGGCUUGGUAGUUACUCCAUCUAUUUUUAAACACUUUCCUUCAAGAUUUCUUGCUAACCUAACAAUUGUAGAUACGUUGACAAGAUUUUCAUAAAGGUUAGGGAAUGGCCAUCUGGAUAAUGAGCAUAAUUCCUUUUUUCUUUACGUAGAAAACGUAGUUCACUUUUUACUAAAUUCAGGGUGGUAGAGAGGCAGAGGGAGAAUAGUCAUGUUCUCUGAUUGGGAACUACAACGGGUUAGAGUAUUUUAGUUUAAAAAGCAGCCUUGUUAUAGGAAGGGUUAUUACUGGAAUGAACAAUAAUACCACUGUAACAAAUUCUGUGUUUUGGACAUUCUUUAUAUGAUUAUGUACUUUAAUUAGGUAUUUGAGUAUGAGAGAUAAUCUGGUCUCUGCAUCUUUUUGAAGUUUUCUUCACAUGCUUAGUAAAUUAUAUUGAAGAAAAUACUUUGUCACUUUAAAGCCAAAUUAUGUGGUGGUUUGUUUUUUAACAAGUUUACAUAAAACUGUUGAUCUGCUUUUGAAUAUUAAAUUGACUACUGAGGAGUUCCUGAUACUUUUAUACAUAAAGAAUUGGAAUUAACGAUAGCCCCGUCUUAAAGCUUGAGUGAAAUUCUGUAAGCUUUUCUUUCUUCAACUAUGGAAUUGUUGCACAUAUUUAUGAUGUGGAAAGUAAAGAUACCUAAAAUAUUCAGGAAAUACUCUGAUUAUGUUCCCAGCCAAACAUAAUCUCUCUCCUUCUGAAGGAGAUAUUUAUCUAUAUGGUGCUCUGUAAACAUUAAACAGUCUUUGUGACUGUCUUGAUUGGUAGCACUUAAUAUCUAACAAGCUAAAGAUUUUAACUGAGCUGUUGUAUGAAAUGACUUUUUCAAUUACCAGAUGACAGAUUUUUUAAAAAAUUAAAAAAUGGGUUAUUUGCUAAAGUCUUGUUCAAAAUGGAACAUGAGAGUAUCAAGUAUAUUUUUUUUAAUAUAAGCUAUAAAUUAUCAGUCAUGCCACUGUUUGGGUGGAUGCCUUCAGUAUGUGUUUUUUCACCCUAUUCAGUGUCUUAAUUUGUAUUUAUCAACUUAAACAGCCGUUUUAAUUGUGUUAAAAAUGCAAAAAUACAUUCUGAGUCUCCUCUAAAUAACAAAAGGUGAAGCAAACUAUUGGUAUGUUCAGAUAGCACUUACUGAUGGGAAUUCCAGAUUCCACAGCAGAAGAGGGAGGUAAGGGUAAAAAUCGCACACUGAACGUGAAUAUUGGUUUUAAUAUCCCUUGCUUAUUGCUUAAGGUUUGUACAACGGAAAAAUGAUCUUAGGUAUUUUGUUUGAUUAAUGUAAAGACAUGAUGUUGCUGUGGUAAAAAUUGUGUGUAAUUAAGCACUGGGAAUCAAGAAUAAUUGGUAAGUUAAGCUAAACCAUCCAAAACAUAUUAAAAAUACAGUAAUGCCUAUUUUCAAA